AUGUUUGAGUCCAACAUGUUGGUUCCACAGCUUGCCCCAUGGCCAGGGUUUCACCUUUAUCCUGAGGACUUUGUGCUAUUCUUGUUGUCUGGGACUGAAUUUUUCCUUUCUCUCUUUUCUGACUCUCAUCUCAUAUCCCAGGUCGAAAGGAUUGUAGACAAGAGAAAGAACAAGAAAGGAAAAUGGGAGUACCUUAUCCGAUGGAAAGGCUACGGGAGCACAGAGGACACGUGGGAGCCAGAGCACCAUCUACUGCACUGUGAGGAGUUUAUCGAUGAAUUCAAUGGGCUGCACCUAUCCAAGGACAAGAGGAUUAAGUCAGGGAAGCAGGCCAGCGCCUCCAAGCUCCUGCGUGACAGCCGAGGCCCAUCAGUGGAGAAACUCUCCAGUAGACCUUCAGAAUCUGGAAAGAGCAAAGGGACUUCUCAUAAACGGAAGCGGAUCAACCCUUCCCUGUCCAAGCCGAAGAAGGGGUAUCCAGCCAAGCCCCCUGCGGGAGGUGACAGGGCUGCCAAGACGGUGUCUUACAGGACUACCCCCAGUGGUUUGCAAAUAAUGCCCCUGAAAAAGGCUCAGAAUGGGAUAGAAAACGGGGACACCGGAUCCGAGAAGGAUGAGAGGCACUUUGGAAACGGGUCCCACCAGCCCGGCUUGGAUCUGAAUGAUGUUGGAGAGCAAGACCUGGGCGAGUGUGAUAUCAACCAUGUGGCACUGGCAGAGAACGGGCUCGGCUCUGCUCUGACCAACGGCGGAUUGAACAUGCACAGCCCGGUGAAGAGGAAGCUGGAAGCAGAGAAGGAUUAUGUCUUUGACAAGAGGCUCAGGUACAGCGUCCGCCAGAAUGAAAGCAACUGUCGGUUCCGGGACAUUGUCGUGCGGAAGGAAGAGGGGUUCACACACAUCCUGCUGUCCAGCCAGACCUCAGACAACAACGCGCUGACCCCCGAGAUCAUGAAGGAGGUUCGACGAGCUCUCUGCAAUGCGGCCACGGACGACAGCAAACUGCUACUCCUCAGCGCUGUGGGCAGUGUGUUCUGCAGUGGCCUGGAUUACUCCUACCUAAUCGGUCGGUUGUCCAGUGACCGGCGAAAGGAGAGCACCCGUAUUGCAGAAUCCAUCAGGGAUUUUGUGAAGGCCUUUAUCCAGUUUAAGAAGCCCAUCGUGGUGGCAAUCAACGGGCCCGCCCUGGGCCUGGGUGCCUCCAUCCUGCCCCUCUGCGACAUCGUGUGGGCCAGCGAGAAGGCCUGGUUUCAGACCCCCUAUGCCACCAUCCGCCUCACGCCCGCCGGCUGCUCCUCCUAUACCUUCCCCCAGAUCCUGGGCGUUGCGCUGGCUAAUGAGAUGCUCUUCUGUGGGCGGAAGCUCACUGCCCAGGAGGCGUGCAGCAGAGGACUGGUGUCCCAGGUCUUCUGGCCCACCACGUUCAGCCAGGAGGUCAUGCUGCGGGUCAAGGAGAUGGCGGCCUGCAGUGCACUGGUGCUGGAGGAGUCGAAAUGCCUCGUUCGGAGCUUCCUGAAAUCAGUGCUUGAAGAUGUGAAUGAGAAGGAAUGCCUCAUGCUGAAGCAGCUCUGGAGUUCCUCCAAAGGCCUGGAUUCCCUGUUCAGCUACCUGCAGGACAAAAUUUACGAAGUCUGAAGGGCCCCAGCUCACUUGCCCCAGUGAUCAAGGGCACCUGACUUCCAGCUUUGCCCUGUGUUUCAGAAAUCGGAGCCCAGAGUAAGCCCGGCCAAGGAGUUUGUCAAGGUGUCUCUAUACCUAGGGUUGUGUUAAUUUCGUUUUCUCCUUUGGUUGUUCCGCAUUGGUUUGAUUUUGUGUAACAGAUGGGAAACGCAUCAUACUUGGCCUCCCCCAUGUCCCUACCCCAACUGGCUAGAGAGCUAUCGAGGGCUAUAUCUUCCCAGGCCUCUUCCAGGUACCAUUCUGUCCCCACUUGUUGAAAUGCACCAUCCUGGUCCAGGAAGGGGAAGACCAGUUUCCCCAAUUUUCUGACUCAGACCGUGUCUACACAGUGCCUCUGAUCUGGAGACUAGGCUACCAUGCCCUUUCUCGUUAAGUGCAGAUCUGGUGAAGGGAAACGGUCCAUCUUAGGGAAUUCCCAGACCAAUGAGAUUGUGACAGCCAGCCUCAGUCUCCUCUCUGAUGCACAUCUGUGUGACUUUUAGGGCUUGGUCUUAAAACCCACCUGAGUGAUUUACAAACCCAGAUAUUGUACAUUUAGGAAUGUUUUGUUAAAUAUAUAUUUUUUAAAACAAUGUAAGUGGAAUUUCUGAUAAUUUAUGUGUAUUAUAUGUAAAGCUAGUUUUGCAAAAACAUAAACUCCUAGGAAAAUGUUUUUUUUUUUCUUUAAUCAGACUUAUUUAAUUUAUUUAUUUUUGUUUAUAUAUUAUGAUAUCUGUCGUUCACACAGAUACUAUUUUCAUACUGCCCUGGACCAAAUCCCUUAUGAGGUUUAUGCUUUUUGGUGCAUUGUAGCAAGGAACCACAUAGAAAUAAAAUUCAGAGAGGUAAAUAUGAAAGAACGUCUGUGGCUAAAAGGAAUCGCUCUGCACCAGGUCCUCUGCAUGUAAAACGGCUCUCACUGUGGCGAUGGAAUACUUGUUCUUGGGAGAAAUCACGACGGAGCUUUCCUCUUCACUCUGCUGCCCUUGAGUGUCCUCAGAGGCCCUUUGCUCGCCCGUCUUCCCUUUUCCUAUGUUAGUCGCCGGUCUCUCAGGACCCUUCCUUGUAGAGAGUUGAGUGGAGCAGUGAGAGUUGGGCACAGCCGGGGGAGGAGAGGUGGGCUGAGAGAAGGAGGGUCAUUGCUAUGGUUGGUCAUGAGCCUCUCUCUGGUCCUUUUUCUCUCUGAAAGGUGACCAGAUGCAGUGGGCCAGGCAGGAAGGAGUCAUGGCUCUGAGCUUUGUGUUGCAGAGAACACCCUGAGCAACUAUUCUAUGGCCAGGGACAUGGUCCUUUAGACAGUGAAUCUGAAGUUUAUCUGGACUCUUGAUCCCUAAGAUGGCCUUCGUUCCUUCUGUGGAAAGCCUCUCUACUUUUGAGUUUCUCCAUGACUUCAUGAAGCUUCUUAUCUUCUACCCUCUUUCAUCUGGGCCAUCUUGGCACGUGGGAUCCUGUAGGAACUGCACCCCUGGACUAGAGGGAAUUAUUCUAGGGAAACACCUGCUUCUGCCCAAAUGCCUGUUGUCACAUUUCCACUUGGGUUUUGUCUCUUUGAGAAAGCAAAUGUAUGCUUUUCCGAAGCCCCCAGAGAAACCUCAUUCUUGGGUGUUGUGGCAGAUGAUCUGUGCAGCAUUGCUAAAUCCUCUAAAGAAAGAGACCCUUGCUUUCUGCUUACCUUCUAGGGGCAGAUGUGUUUACCAUAGGAGCAGUGUCAGGAUUCUUGUUGGAGAUGGAAGAGAAGGUUUGGAAAUUUAUUUCGGUCAAUGCCUAUCUUUGUUCCCUGCUGAAAGUGCCAGAACUAUUUUAGCUUUGGACAUAUCCAAACUUCUAAACAUUUCAAGGAUCUAUGAUAAGGUAGGAAUGUGAAACCAUCACUAAGGUGGAAUUCCCGUUGUUAAUUUCUAGGUUCUAGUUACAAAAAGAGGUGUUCAAAAGAUGGUCUGUGUUUGGGUUGUUUCCAUAUAGUCAAUUCAAGAGGGAUGUUCCACAAAUUGGGCAAAAGUUGGUUAAAUCUUUACUGCAGGGUAGACUGACGCUCUGAAUUUUUUCACUUUCUGAGUAGUUGUUUGGGUAAUGUGUAGGUGAAACACAGCAGAGUGACUUGGGAUGGAAAAUACCAGGCCUGUGGGUGUGUCAGGGUUUGUCCUAACAGCUUCCUUGAAAUCGGGCUCCGGCUUUCACUUGUCAUCCUCUACCCCAGCACCCUCCCUUCCCCCGUAGGACCUUUUUCUUCACUCUCUGCCCUGCCUUGCCCACCCUCCACCCUGUGUCUGUCAGUUCCUGGACAAGUCUUUGAGGAAUUGUGUCUUGUUUUGGCAGCUGCAUUCCAGAAUUACCUGUGGAGUUGGAAAAACAGCUCUGGGUGGGAAGUUGAGGGUCCCUCUUUAGUCAAGGAACCUUCUAGGCAGUCCACUUCUUGCCAUCUUGUUAGCCAGGCAUUAGAACCCUCCUCCCUCCCUGCUCCAGGCCCUGGUGAUGAGCAUCCUGGUCUUGUAGUGGAACCACUUGCGUUGACAGCCACAUUCCAAAAGGACUUUGUGUAGAGCUUGGCGAAGGUGGGCAGAGCUCCUUGCCAUUCGGUAGCCACAGGAUAAUGCUGAUACACCCACGUGUCUCUUCUGGCUUUGGAAUAAUGUCUGUGGGUAAACACCAUCGAAAUUACCCUUCAAGGAUGAAAUUGGAUAACUAUGCGAAGGUAGUAGAGGAUUGAUUUAAAAUGUUAUUCUUGUUUGGUUUAGAUUAAAUUAGGAAAAGUUCUCUCUGAAUCAUAAAAAUGUGUUUUUUUCUAUAUAAAGUUUAGUAUGAGGAUGGAAAAUAAUAAUCAUAAUAGACUUUGAACAAUGCAACCGUAUCUCUGAAUAGCCACAUUUAAAAAUAGCCUUGACUGAGUGCUGAAUUGCAUUUCCCAUUAUUAAUUGUUGGUUUAAAAAUUUGUAAACUUUUUAAAAUUUGAAAUUUAGUUACAUUCAUGCAGUUUUACAAUCUGGUUUCUGCGGAAGUUUUUUUUUUAAACAAAGCGAAACACAUAGAAACAUCUUCAGAUUUUCCUAAGUGAAUAUUUAAAAUGCAGAAUUACUUCUCCUCUGUCUUCUAUAUUCACAUACUGAGGUCUGUUGUAUAUAUUAGUUUAGACACUCACUAAUAUACACAGUAUUUAAGACUCUAAAUGAGAUUUCUUAAGUAUUUUAUUUUAUUCUCUGUAAAUGGUUUUGUAUAAUCUUUAAAAAUCUACACUUUGCCUUUGUAGAUAUUUAAGGGAAACCAUUUGGGGGUUGUCUUGCAUGUAUAUUUUUGUUGUAGAUAAGUGUUGCUUAGUUAUUUCUGCAAAUUUUGGUUGAAAUGCUUACAGACUUUAAUACAGUAUAUAUUUUCAAAAUAUAAACUUUUAUAUUUCUGUGGUAAGUUAGAAUAUGCGUUUUAGGCAAUCCUUUCCAUUAAUAUCACUUGUUCUUUCAAAAAAUAGCAUACUGGUUUGGUGCCAAUGUUGGUUUUUUUUCCCCAUUAGACUCUGAUGCUCUUAUAUUAUUAGAGAGCAGGUUAAUUUUUUUUUUUCUUGAAGUAUAAUUUGAAAAUGUAUUGCAUUUGUGAAUAAGCCUUACCAUUAGGAUCAGUAAAUUUUCCAACCUUUGCAACUACAUGCGUAGUUUAAGAUCUCCCCAUAAAUUCUCACUGUGUGGCAGUCGAUGGAAUUUGUGAACAGAGCCUUAAGCUUGUUGCAAAAAAAAAAAGGGUAAUACGGGUUGUUUCUUCCAAGCAACGUAAGCCAUGUUGCAGUCUGUAAGUCAUGGCUUAUCUGCAGAGUUUGGUUGAGUUGAUGGCGGCAGGGGCCAGAUAGGCACCUUGGUGAUUGUCUUUGGCCAUACACAUGGACCAAGGACAGGUUUUCUGGAGCCACCUUUAUACUAUUCACACGGUUUAGACACGGUCACAGGGAGGGCUGCUGGUCCAUCAUUUGUUCUGAACAAAUGGCAUUUCCUGCUCCUGACCUUGGUGGUUGACCCCAGGUUUCUUGUGGAUGACUUCGAAACGUCCAGCCUGGCUGAGAUCAGCAUUCCUUGAGAGAUGUUAAUAAAGUUUACAUGUGAGUCUUACUUGUGUAGACAAUCUGAAGUCGAUUUCAGUUACAUAAUCAGCAUUCCCAUGUGUCCUGAGCAUCUUAUCAAUGAACUGUGCGUGUUAAGCCAUACUACACUCAUGUUCAGCAGGGCAAAGGCAAACUAGGUGCAGAGCGUACACCUCCGCUGAGUCCGUCCACCUGGGGCUGUUUCAAUGGAGCAUAAGUCUUCAAGCUCAUUGGCGGUGCACCCACUAUGUUUGGGACCUAAUAAAACCAACUAAAAUUCGGACUUAACUUUUCUUAAAAUUAUGAUUCUUUUCGGUUGGUCACACUUCCAUAGUUACCAACUGAUUCUUCUUACCUAGGCUUUAAAGAUAAUUUUGAAACCAAGGCUAUAGCAUGGCUAAAGUCAAGUUAUUAUUUGGUUCAUCUUGAAUAGUGUUCAUAAAGUCAACUGAUCUACCAACGGGAUGGAGAUAUGCUUCAGAUGUUGGCAGGAUGUAGCCUUCAGAAAAACUGACAUCCAGUUUUCAUCUUUAGCUCUGGCAUCUCCACGGGUUGACCGUGCCUCGUUAGCCUAACACCUGGCCUGAUGCUGGCGCUCAGUAAGGUGACUCUGGGAAGUUAGGAGGGUGUAGAGUUUUCCAUCUAGUAUUUAAUUUGUCCCUGUCCCAUUAGUGCCAGCCUGAAGUCAUUUGCUGAUGCCCAUGUUGACAGGAUUGUGAAAAUAUUGCCUUUCAUAAAACCAAGGACCAAAGAAUUUCAUUAUUUCAACAAAGCAUGAGUUUCAUAGAUUGUAGGCACAUCUGGACAGGUGUGCAUGCUUCAUGGACAAAGAAACUGCUCACUUCCACCAACCUCAUGCCCCCCUGGCUGGCCAUACAGAGGGAUAUGUUGUCACCUUGAUAAAGCCCUGAAAGAUGAGUUUCUCAGAUUGAAACUCGCUAUCUCAGGUGGGCGUUUUUGCUGUGCAGUCCCAGUCUUCAUCCAUUAUCAUUAAAGGUGGAGGUCUGGCAUUCGUCCAGGUUCUCUGACCAGUGUAGACGGCGCCAUCUGAAUAAUAACCCUCAGUGGGAGUUUUUCAGAUGUGUCUAUACUAAGCAGUCAUUCUGCAAUCGCUGAAUUUCCACCUCCUUGUGUUCUACAUCAACCCAUUCCAAUUCCUGCUUGAUGUGAGAAGAAUUUUCUUCAGUUCUCACACCAGGUGAUGCUCUCCAUUCUCAUUCAUGACAAAAUUAUUGAUCCGUUAACUGGUUGAGAAAUGCUUGAUGCUGAAGAAGUGGUAUUCUAGUGGUAAGGCUUAUUACCAAACUUCUGAUAAUGAAGCAGGCUACCAAAAACUUAUCCAGCCCACCCUAGGAGUGUUUGGAUUUGAUCCUGGAUAUAGCACACACACCAAAAUCCAAGGAGACCUUUGCGAAUUAGGCUACUCGUUUUCUUUUGCCAGGUUGUCAUGGGAGAGUCUUGAACUAGUUCUGAAUAUUUGUAAGUAUGAAUACUUCAUAGAAUUGCCGAGCAGGUACAGCUGACCCUUUCUCACCACGUUGUAAAUAUUUCCUGAGACUGGGUACAGUGCUGGGGGAUAAUAAUCUUCUGAUUUGUCAAAUGCUGACUGUCUAGAGCAAAUUGUACACUCUCUUUGUGAAUGGUCCUGUAACGUGUAUGAACACAUUUCUGGGUGCCUUAGAAGUUGUAUUUUCAUGUGUGCUAAUAUGCAGUAUUUAUACAUUGUGCAAAGCUGCUUUGAAUAAAAAGGUUGGAACUUGGUCUGCA